CGCCUGAGCUGCAGGCUGACGGCGAGGAGUCGUGAGCAGCUGGAGCGGAGUUGGAGGAAACCGAGGCUGCGGCGGCGAGCGAGCGGGUUGGAGACGGCGAGCUCGGAUCGGGAACGCCGGUGGGUGGGAGGUGGGUCAGAGGCGCAUCGGAGCGGUGCGUGCAGGAGGCCGCCACUGCAGUCCGGCCCCGGGAGAGGAAGGAAGCCGUCCAGCAGGGGAGGUGUAUUUGUGAAAGAGGCAUACAUACAAGCAGAAAGGCUGCUGUCACAGAGAGUAAGAAACAGGUCAGAGUGUGCGGGCAAGGAAUCUGCAUCUCUGACCUCAUGGACAUAUCUGGGCUGCCCUUGGGCAUCGAAGCAAGCUGAGUUUGGGCAAGAAAUUCUAGUGGUGGCUUUGGAGCCAGACUGCCUGGAUCUGAAUCCUGGUUCCACCUGUCAAUUUCUUGGUGUUAUCAUGGCGAAGAAACGAAAUUCUUUGCACCUCAAUUCUUCCCAUAUAAAGUGAAGCUCGCGUGUAGAGUACAACAGUAAAAUCAGACGACAGAUGGACAAUGUGACGAGAGUGUCGGAAAGGAUUGGGCCUCGCUGGGAGAGUCAGCCUGGAGUCCAAGUGUUGACGAGUUGCUGAGAAGGAAGCCAGUUGGAGGACCGUGGCCUGCAGAGGAAGUGUGGCCCUGUCUUCAGUUGCACCAUUGAUGGAGGACAGAUGGACAGCCAAUGGCCAGUCACCUCUCUUAAACCUUUGGAGAGUUGUCCUUUGUCCUCUGCUGGGCACAUAUUAGGAAUCCUAACACACUCUCUGAGUUCACGUUCCCUAGAAACGUAAAGCUAGACUGCAGUGUGUAACCAGACUCACCUGUUGCAUGGUCACAGGUUUGCAAACAUGAGUGCCGAGGCGUACCAGUACAGAGCACUGUAUGACUAUAAAAAGGAACGAGAAGAAGAUAUUGACUUGCACUUGGGUGAUAUAUUGACGGUCAAUAAGGGGUCCUUAGUAGCUCUUGGAUUCAGUGAUGGACAGGAAGCCAGGCCUGAAGAGAUUGGCUGGUUAAAUGGCUACAAUGAAACCACAGGGGAGAGAGGGGACUUUCCAGGAACUUACGUAGAAUAUAUUGGAAGGAAAAAAAUCUCACCUCCCACCCCAAAGCCCCGGCCACCUCGACCCCUUCCUGUUGCACCAGGUUCUUCGAAAACUGAAGCAGAAAGUGAGCAACAAGCUUUGACCCUUCCGGAUCUUGCAGAACAGUUUGCCCCUCCUGACAUCGCGCCACCUCUUCUCAUCAAGCUAGUAGAAGCCAUUGAAAAGAAAGGUCUGGAAUGUUCAACUCUAUACAGAACACAGAGCUCCAGCAACCCAGCAGAAUUCCGACAGCUUCUUGAGUGUGAUGCCGCCUCCGUGGACUUGGAAACAGUUGAUGUUCAAGUUUUAGCAGACGCUUUCAAACGCUAUCUCUUGGACCUUCCGAAUCCUGUCAUUCCAAUAGCUGUUUACAAUGAAAUGAUUUCUUUAGCCCAAGAAGUUCAAAGCUCUGAAGAAUACAUCCAGCUGUUGAAGAAGCUCAUUAGGUCACCUAACAUACCUCAUCAGUAUUGGCUUACGCUUCAGUAUUUGCUAAAACAUUUCUUCAAGCUCUCCCAAAGCUCCAGCAAAAACCUUCUGACUGCAAGAGUGCUCUCUGAACUUUUCAGCCCUCUGCUUUUCAGGUUCCCAGCAGCCAGCUCUGAGAAUACUGAACACCUCAUCAAAGUUGUAGAAAUUUUAAUCUCAACAGAAUGGAACGAACGACAGCCUGCACCAGCACUGCCUCCUAAGCCACCAAAACCCACUCCUGUAGCCAACAACGGUAUGAAUAACAAUAUGUCCUUACAAGAUGCUGAAUGGUACUGGGGAGAUAUCUCUAGGGAAGAAGUGAAUGAAAAGCUUCGGGAUACAGCUGACGGGACCUUCUUGGUACGAGACGCAUCUACUAAAAUGCAUGGUGAUUAUACUCUUACACUAAGGAAAGGAGGAAAUAACAAAUUAAUCAAAAUAUUUCACCGAGAUGGGAAAUAUGGCUUCUCUGACCCAUUAACCUUCAGCUCUGUGGUUGAAUUAAUAAACCACUACCGGAAUGAGUCUCUUGCUCAGUACAAUCCCAAGCUGGAUGUGAAAUUACUUUAUCCAGUAUCCAAAUACCAACAGGAUCAAGUUGUCAAAGAAGAUAAUAUAGAAGCUGUAGGGAAAAAAUUACAUGAAUAUAACACUCAAUUUCAAGAAAAAAGUCGGGAAUAUGAUAGAUUAUAUGAGGAUUAUACCCGUACUUCCCAGGAAAUCCAAAUGAAAAGAACAGCUAUUGAAGCAUUUAAUGAAACCAUAAAAAUAUUUGAAGAACAGUGCCAAACCCAGGAGCGCUAUAGCAAAGAGUACAUAGAAAAGUUUAAACGGGAAGGCAAUGAGAAAGAAAUACAAAGGAUUAUGCAUAAUUAUGAAAAGCUGAAGUCUCGAAUUAGUGAAAUUGUGGACAGCCGAAGGAGGCUGGAGGAAGACUUGAAGAAGCAGGCAGCUGAGUAUCGGGAGAUUGACAAACGCAUGAACAGCAUUAAGCCAGACCUCAUCCAACUGAGAAAGACGAGAGACCAAUACUUGAUGUGGUUGACUCAGAAAGGUGUUCGGCAGAAGAAGUUGAACGAGUGGUUGGGCAAUGAAAACACUGAAGACCAAUAUUCACUGGUGGAAGAUGAUGAGGAUUUGCCCCACCACGACGAGAAGACCUGGAACGUCGGGAGCAGCAACCGAAACAAAGCCGAGAACCUACUGCGAGGGAAGCGAGACGGCACUUUUCUGGUCCGGGAAAGCAGUAAACAGGGCUGCUAUGCCUGCUCUGUGGUGGUGGACGGCGAAGUAAAGCACUGUGUCAUAAACAAAACGGCGACCGGCUAUGGCUUUGCCGAGCCCUAUAACCUGUACAGCUCCCUGAAAGAACUGGUGCUCCAUUACCAACACACCUCCCUGGUGCAGCACAACGACUCCCUCAACGUCACACUAGCCUACCCGGUAUAUGCACAGCAGAGGCGAUGAAGCGUGGGCCCUCUGAUCCUCCUCCUGAAGUUCAGCCACCCUGAGGCCUCUGGAAAGCACAGGGCUUCUCUCCAGCCUGACCUGCGAAUUGAGCUGCGGAAGCCAAGCCGUCUGUCUUCAAAUGGGACUCGAGCUUUCGACAAAAGCAGUAGGGGAAGACAUGCAGCCUAGCACUGUGCGAUGACCAGACGUUUCUAAUCUGGAGUGCUUAUCCUUCCUUCCUUUCCUUUUUUAAAAAUCUUUUGGUUUAAUUUAAAGCCACCACAACACACAACACAAAGAGAAAAAGAAAUGCAAAAAUCUCUGCGUGCAGGGACAAAAGAGGCCUUUACCCAUGGUGCUCGUUAAUGCUUUCUGAAGCUUUACCAGCUCGAAGUUGGGACCUUGUACACCAGAGGAUGGAUGGGGCUGCAGAGCCCUGGCCGGGGAACGCUCGGUCCAGCCUGGUUUAGCCUGGGUGUUGCUGUGCACGGUGGACCCAGACACUUCGCACUGUGGAUUAUUUCAUUUUCUAACAAAUGAACGAUAUGUAGCAGAAAGGCACUUCGGCUCACAAGGGACACUUUGGGAGAAUGUCCGCUCACGUAUGUUCAGAGGAAAUUCUGUUGUAGCAAAGUGCCAGAAAGCGUUCUGUUUAAACUUUUCAACAACAAAACAAAACCCACCAAUGGAAAAAUGGAACUUAGAAAACAGGACUUAAAAUGACAUUUUCAGUAUAUAAAAUAUGUACAUAAUGAUGACUGACUAUCAAAUAGAUGGAUUUGUAUCAAUACCAAAUAGCUUCUGUUUUGUUUUGCUGAAGGCUAAAUUCACAGCGCUAUGCAAUUCUUAAUUUUCAUUAAGUUGUUAUCUCAGUUUUCAAUGUACCUUCAGAAUAAGCUUCCCCUACCCCAAUUUUUGUUGCUUGAAAAUACUGUUGUCCCUGAUUUUUGUGUUAAUAUUCAUUUUGUUAUUCUUUUACUUUUUUUUAAAAGAAGAAAUGUACAGGAUGCCAGUUUAAAAAAAGGCUUCAGAAUUAAAACUAUGAAAUAUUUUACAGUUUUUCUUGUACAGAGUACUUGGCUGUUAGCCCAAGGUUAAAAAGUUCAUAACAGAUUUUUUUUUUUUUUGGACUAAAUGUUUUGUUGGGCAGUGCCUGAUAAGCUUCAAAGCUGCUUUAUUCAAUAAAAAAGAGAAAGAUAUAUGAAUAUGACAAAGUAUCGCUGAGUUCAACAAUAUUGUUUCAAGACUCUUAAAAUACGGUACCUGGCAAGUGUGUUUCAUAAAGAAUUGUGAACUUCUUGAAUCUAGGGUGGGGAUGUAGCUAAGGGAUGUACAGGUGGGGUGGGGGGUGGGGUGGUGGAAUGCACUUUCUCUUUCUCAUGAUUAGAGGAAAAAUACCUAACUGCAAAGUGAAGUUGCUUAUACUUCAGUCUUUCCCACUUUGAUCUGCUAGUUAUUAUCAGUUAUGACAAUUACAAAUCUACUAGGACGCUAACACAGUGUAGCCGGUCAGAUAUUUCAGUUCU